GCAUAAUAUACGUAUACAACUACAAUUUCCUCCCUUGGAGCCGUAUAAAAAAACUUAAAAAUGAUAAGCAAAGCUUCUUCAACCUCUACUUCCAUCAUAUGCUGCUGCCUGUUCAUGAUUUGGAUGAUCGUGGUUUCACCUGUACUCUCUGCACGAAAAUUGUCCACCACUCCCAGCAGCGGCGGACCUACUAAGAUUGGAGCAGGUAGAAAUGAUCAUCAGAAAGGUGGAUCUGCUAUACCAUCAGGACCAAAAACAGCUACCAAUGGCACGACUGUGAUUACCAAAUCUGCUUACGCCGAAAUCACAGUUAACGCAACUGACUGUUCACCUAAUGCGCGUUGCAAAAGAGGCGGUAAACCAUAGAAGUCUGGCACAGUGAGUAAAACUGAAACAAGCGAAGCAGCUGUUGGUUCACAUGUAACAUUUGUGGUGGGAAUAUUAUUGAGAUGUGAGAUCUGUGCGUAUUCUGCAUGGUUUGGUUUUAUAUAUUUAGCCAAACUAAUCAUCUCUCCGAUGUAUGCCACUAUGUUAUAUAUAUAUAUGUUCAACUUCAAUUUCGAUUUUCCUAAA